GUCUAUUGAUGCUACAUUGUUGUCGAUGCAAUAAAAGUCGAUCUCCAAAAGAUAGGAACAAAAGCAAUACUAAGUUACAGGAUCACUAAAUUGAGCAAAGGGUGUAGCAGGUGAACCAUUAAUAAGCUUAUAUUGCGAAGAUUAAAGAGAAUGAAUAAAUGAUUCUGAAAAUGUACAAAGAGUUGUAAGAUGAAAAUAGUAGACUUAGGAGUCUUAUAAAUUCGUAUUGAUUAUUUGUUUUAAGGUGUAGAUUGGAAUAGGAGAAAUUAGAAUUGCAAGAGAAAUUCAAUUAGUUAUAGAUUCAAAGCAUAUAAUUUAUUCCUCAAAGUCAUUCGAGAUCAAUACUGGAGGAGACUAAUAUACAUUUUAGUACCAAGCAACAGUCGUUCCAAUUUAAUGACCCUAGCAAUAUAAAAUAUUAAUCGUUAAAAAAAUUGUACGACGAAUUAAUUAAGGAUAAGGACUGGGAUGUUUAGAAAAAGAAUCAGUAUUCAUCCUCAAUAUAGUUUCUGAAUAAUAUUCUUUAAUAGAAAUAGGAGGACUUGGAAUUGGCCUAAGGCCAAAUCAUUAAGCAGAAUAAGAUCAUUGGGGAAUAUGAGUUAAAAUAUAAUUAAUUAUUAUGUAAUACAUAUGAUUAAUAAAUAAGAGGAUUACUAAUAGUUAUAAUAGGAGGUUUACUAAAGGAAGAGAUCAUUCUCGGAAUUUAAAACCAUGGCACUAUCGUAGGACAACCCUUACAAUGGAGUGAUUUAGGAGGCGAUCAAAUUAAACCCUUAGAAAAUUGUAAUAAAAACUAUCAAUUGA